AUGCGAGCUGAUCUUUCCACUUCAAUCCCCCCGCAGACGCGACAACAAAUACAAGAACAACACCAGCAGAAUCCGCAGUCGCCUGGCACCGAUGCGGAUGCCGUCAGUCCGCAGAGUUGCGGCUCCUCCUGCUCGUCGUCCGUGUCGUCGCGCAGCCGGCGGUCUCGUUCACGGCGUGGCAAUAGUAGCAGCAGGAGCAGCAGGCCCGACUCCCCUGGCGGUGGUGCCGCCAGCACCAGGAAGUGCCACAGAGGAAAGAACUACGACUCCCACGUGCCUGUUUUUCCAAACCUGCAGUGUCCUGCAAAUAUUGUGCUCGAGCCAUUCCCCAAUAGGCGUGUGCGGUCGAUAUGCACUGCGGCUGGUUUGCUCAUCACAGCACACCGCAACGGCAUUCGCGUGUAUCGCCAGCGUUACCUGGACCCUGCGGCGAUAACAAAUACGUAUAGCCCCACCGUGAAGGAUGGAGGUCAUGACGAAAAGAAUGGCGAUGGGUACACGGACGUGCGAACAGGGCUUUGGGAGGCGGUUGAGUGCCGUGACAACUUCCAGCUCCAGGACGCAUACCUGUGUGUCAGUGCGGAGUCUGUUUUUAGCCGCGGACGGGUGCUGCCGCUAAAAUGGAAUCGAUACGUAGCGGCGGCAUGUGGCACCGAUCGAACCCGCUUUAGUGUGUGUGUGCUGAGCACCGCUGCCCACUUUGUGCUCCACCACGAGCUGCACGCCAAAAAUAAGGUAGUUGCGCUCACCUUCGCCCUUGUAGCGAUGGGGGCAAACUCCGGCAACAGACACUUCCAGCCGUUUGUUGUUAGUGUGGAUGAGGUCGGUGAGGUGGUCAUCUUCGAUGUGGAGCGUGAUCGUGCGGUGAGGCUCACAGCGCCCGUCGCCAGUGUCGACACACCCACCGCGGACAUGCAGCUUGAUGACAGUCGCGGUGAUUUGCCACACUCCACCUUCUGCAGGACAAGCAGCAAGAGGAGCAACACCGGCAAUGAUCGCUGUUUUAACAGCAGAACAGAGCGGCCCGUGCCGUGUGGCUCGUACAACAGUGGGGGUGCCAGCGGCGCUGGCGGCGCAACGCACACGUACCGUCUAGAGGACGGUCUCGCCUCUAACGUCUGUCUUGUCGGUCCGUGUCAGGUGCUCUGCAAACACUGCAAUGGCAACGAAAACAGCUCCACAUCGCCAGGUACGCUUCUCUUGAGUCUUUUUAUUUCGUCCCGAGCUCACGGCCCAGAUGGGCAGGCGGAGCUGCACGUUCAACAACUCCGCGUCCUGUGGAGCUUCACCCCACUGCGGGCUGUGGUGUUGAGUGAGACGCCAAUUGUGCGUGAGUGCGCACCGGAGGAUGUGUGCGAUCUCGGCACUGCCAUGCUGCGCGUGCCGGUUCACGAAGAGCUUCCACCGAGCGUCAUGAUUGGCCGCCCACGGCUCCGCUUCUGGAGCCUUAGCGGCUGCUCUGGGAAGCUGGUGCAGCUGCACCGCGUGUACCGCGACACAGACGGGAGUGGUAAAGGUGCGCGAACGUUGCGGGAGCACUUUGUACGUGCUGUGCCGCUGGGCCGCCAUGUCCUGGUGCAGGACACCAGCACGUCGUGGUUCUGCAUCGCCGCACUCACUGACGAUGACGUGAUUCUCCUGCUUGGUCAGGAGCCACGUCCUGUCAAGGACGGUGCUUCUUCUCUUUUGGAGGAGAAAUCGGCUACUGCUAGUGCUGUUGAAACGUCAGAGCGGCAGGUGCUGGAGGCGUGGCUCGAUGAGGUGGAGGAUCCGGUAAAGGAGGGGCCACCUCCCCCAGAUUCACCAACACCCGAACGGCAUCAGAAAGGGGAGGAAACGGAGCAACACCAACAAGGACACAAAGAGGAGAGUCCGCAGCGUGUGCAGCAAGAGCAACAACAAGAUGCGGAGUGUAUAGUGAACGGUGCGCCGCUGCCUGUGUCACCCCCAUUGACUUUCAUGGACCCGAAUCGUGACUACACUGUUCUCAUGACGUUGACGAAUCCUGGUGCUGUUGCUGCGCCCGACAUCGCAAGUGGCACGAAACCUAUUCCCCCAACACGCCAGUUGGUCUCGUUGCCGCAGAGCAACGAGCUGCUCUUCACCAUGGGGGGCACUGAUCUUAUUUACUCUAUAAAGCUGCCCUUCGUAUGGCAUCUCGCACCUUCCGAGGCAAAGACGAAGGCAGUGAUGCCACAGGUGCUGGAGAACUCAAAGAAGUUGCCAAAUGGAUGGAUAGGGAGCGCACUUGCUGGCAGCUACGCGCUUGAUUUGAACAUUGCACGGCCUUUGAUGUCUGCCAUGUGGGGUCUCACGGGUGGGGUGGAGCUUGACGAGGCAGUGCUCCCACCAGUGACAUCAAGCCCGCCGCAACAACUGCUGGCACAAGAACAGGAACAACGCCAGGAGCCAUCUGUUGUGACUGAUGAAUGCAGAGCGUCUUCACCCUCGCCUUCGCGUGGUGUUAUGGCAGUGCGCAUCGACUCUCCGCGUAAACAGACGCAGCGGAAGAAAAAGCGCCGCAGCUGUUCGAGUUCUGUGAUAAGUGUUGAGGACAGGAGUCUGGAGGAUGACGACGAUGAUACGCGACGAGCGUACGUGGAGUGUGAACGGCAAAAAAUUUUAGAAGAGCACCAGUGGCGAGUGGCGGAGCAAAGCGAGGUGAAUGUGAAGGCCGCGAGGGAUGCGGCGUUACUCACACGACUCAUCACGAUGGAGGAGCCACUGCAGCGUAACUCUGUUGUGUACGAGUGGGGUGAUGCACACGACAGCCUGUACGUGCAGUUUACCCAAGAAGGUCUCGACAUUAAGGAGAAGACGAAUAAUGCUGUGGAUGACGCAGCGGCGGCGCAACAGGCCUCGCAGCGGAGUCUGCGCGACUGUUUCAUCCUGAGCGAGCUUGGCAGGGGUGAUCAGUCCGCCGGCUUCAUGCAGGCAUUCCGCAGUGUAAACCAGAAGCGGAUGCAACUCCGCGACAACGGCGGCACAUUCGACUUUGCGGCCUAUUUUUCCAGCGGUGUGGUGCCGCAGCGGCUACUGGACCUGCAGGAGGACGAUCGCUGCCGUUUUGAACUGGCGGACCUCAAGGCUGUCUUCGAGGACGACAUGAAGAAGUUCCACGCGAUGGAAACAGUGGUGGUGUAUGAGAAUGAGGAGCGCGUUACUGACUCCAACGGACGGCGGCGGUGGAUGCCGCACCAGACCUUCCCGUAUGACGACGAAAAUGGUGUAGUUGUGGACAUGGCAACGCUCAAUGCAACAGCGGAGAUGCGCAGUACUGUGGCGCCAGUCGUGUCACACAAUUCCAUGUUAAAAACAGCAACAACACUGCCAACAACAGCAGCAGCAGCAGCAGCAGCGACAGCAGGGUGGCGGUGGGCAAAGGACAACGUGGACAAGAGUACGCCACGCCCUGGCGGGUCGAAGCUUGUGCGCAAAGAGCUGCAGCUGUGGGACGUAGGGGAGUGGAUGUACGCGGGACGGUGGCCCAACCGCGAGGAGGAGCUCCAGGGCGCAUUUAAGUGGAGCGCCACUGCAAGCGACGGCACGGCCAAAGUGCGCCGUCGCCGCUUGACACGCACCCGCAUUAACAUUGCUGUGGAGGCGGCGAAGGAGGCACGCCACCAGGAAUACACAAAAAAACUUGAGCAGCUGCGUAUGGAAUUGGGCCUGUAA